UUAUCUGACUUGCUAGUUAUUGUUGGUGGGAAGAACAAUGCUGUCAUUCAUGAGCACUGUGCUGAGAGUCUAUUUCUGCACAAGUUAAAUGACCGUACACAGGGAGGCAGUCCGUUAUAUCCAGGAAAACAUGACUGUUAACACGGAUGAACUGGGCAGAGAAUGUCUGAUCAAUGCUGCUAAAACUUCUUUGUCUUCAAAGAUAAUAGGAGUUGAUGCAGACUUUUUUGCCAACAUGGUGGUGGAAGCUACUCAGGCAGUGAAACUUACUGAUGCUAAGGGUCAGGCUCGCUACCCCAUCAAAUCUGUUAAUGUUCUGAAGGCUCAUGGUCGUAGCCAGAGAGAAAGUGUUUUGGUGAAUGGAUAUGCACUGAAUUGUACUGUUGGUUCACAAGGAAUGGUCAAAAGAGUGAUUAAUGCUAAAAUUGCAUGUCUGGACUUCAGCCUGCAAAAGACGAAAAUGAAGCUGGGUGUUCAAAUUGUUAUCAAUGACCCAGAAAAAUUGGACCAGAUCAGACAGAGAGAGUCUGAUAUCACCAAAGAGAGAAUUCAGAAGAUUCUGGCCACAGGUGUCAAUGUCAUUCUGACUGCUGGUGGCAUUGAUGAUAUGUGUCUAAAAUAUUUUGUGGAGGCUGGUGCCAUGGCAGUACGCCGUUGUCUGAAGAAAGACCUCAGACGAAUUGCUAAGGCCAGUGGAGCAACUAUCUGUUCAACACUUGCAAACUUGGAAGGAGAUGAGAGUUUUGAUCCCUCUUUAGUGGGCCAGGCUGAGGAGGUGGUUCAAGAAAGGAUAUGCGAUGAUGAACUGAUACUUGUUAAAAAAAUUGAAAAAGAUGUUGGGAUUGGAUCACGUGAACAACUUGCCAUUGCAGAAUUUGCCCGGGCCAUGUUGGUUAUUCCUAAGACUCUGGCAGUGAAUGCUGCUCAGGAUUCUACAGACCUUGUUGCAAAGUUGCGUGCAUUCCACAACGAAGCUCAGGUCAAUCCUGAUCGCAAAACUUUGAAAUGGAUUGGUCUUGAUUUAUUGAAUGGGAAGCCAAGGGACAACAAACAAGCUGGUGUCUUUGAGCCUACUAUGGUUAAAGUCAAGAGUCUGAAGUUUGCAACAGAAGCUGCUAUAACCAUCCUGCGAAUUGAUGAUCUCAUCAAACUUUACCCAGAUGAAAAGCAAGACAAAGGAAAGAGUUACCAAGAUGCAGUUCAAAGUGGAGAGCUUAAUGGCUGAAGCACCUGAGUUCUAAAAUCAGCUAUUAUAAUUUAUGUUUAACUCUUGGCAUCCAUCAGGUGCUUCUUGUACUUCUGUUCUAGAUUGAGCAGCUUGUCAUACUUGUCUGAAAUUCAGUGCCACUUGUUUAGUGCUCUGUUUAAUUUACUAUGCUUGUUUAGUGCUAUUUGGCACAAACCGGAUUUAAAAGACCUCUUACUUUGUUACCUAUAGUCAACUCUUUCAAGUUAUUUGUGCAAAAUUAUUUCCUGUACAUUGACAGUUGUGCUUCAAGCUCCUUCAGAAAUAAAAUGUGACAGUUGUCAAGUGAUCAGCCCAUCUAUGUAGGGAGCUGUUAAGAGACCACCUUAAUUUCAUGAAUAAACGUUGAUGUUGUG